CACUUUCUCAUCGUUCUCCUCUUAACUCUCGUACUUCAUUCUCCUCUUUUACAAAUAAAAAAUGGAGCGAUUGAUAUGGUUGUUCCAAUUCCUUUUGUUUUUCAUGCAAUAUCAUCAGGUUUCUUGUUCAUCAUCUAUCUCUUCUUUUUCUACUUGUACACAUCAUUUGUGUCCACCUGACCAGAGGUUUGCAUUGUUGCAAUUCAAGCAUAUGUUUACUAUAAACAGCUCUGCAUCUGAUUCUUCUUUCUGCGGUGAUUUGGCUUCUCCAAAGAUGUUAUCUUGGAACGAGAGUUGUACUGAUUGUUGUUCGUGGGAAGGAGUCACGUGUGAUGGUAUGACAGGUCACGUGAUUGGGCUUGACCUCAGUUGCAGCCAGCUCUAUGGCAGUAUCCAUCCUAACAGUAGCCUCUUCCAACUCUCUCACCUCCAAAACCUCAAUCUCGCCUUCAAUCACUUCAAUUACUCCCACAUUCCAUCAGCAUUUGGUCACUUUGCUAGUUUGACACAUCUGAACCUAUCUUAUUCCAGUUUUUCAGGCUCAAUCCCAUCAAAAAUUCGCCACCUGUCCAAACUAGUUUCGCUCGAUCUCUCCUCUGGUAGACCACAACUAAGACUUGAACCGCACAAUUUCAGAAUGAUUCUCAAAAACCUAACCCAAUUGCAAGAACUUGUCCUUUCUUAUGUAAACAUAUCUUCAGUUGUACCGAUGUCUUUGACGAAUAUGUCUUCUUUGACAUAUCUCGAUCUUACUUUCACCGGGUCGCAUGGGAAAUUACCGGAUAGCAUUUUUCACCUUCCAAACUUGCAAAUUCUCUUUUUAGGAGGCAACCAUGAUCUCACUGGUAAUUUACCCAAAGUAAAUUGGAGUAGUAGUAGUUCCCUCGAGACGUUGUAUCUUGGGUCUUCGGGUUUUUCUGGAUAC